AUGGAACCAUCAAGUAAUAACCAGAAGAUUGCAGUGGAAGUCAGGAUUGGAAGUAACGAGGACAGCAUUGAGUUUGACAAAACUAUUUGCAAGAAGCUAUCGUUAGACCUAAGGAAAUAAAGACCAGUUUAAUGCUAAUAUAAUCAUACCUAGUAAGACAGAGCCAUCAGAGAGGCAUGAUGAGUCUAUAUUAUCCGGAUGCAAUGAGAACUAUUUCAAUCAGAAUUAUGUCUAUGAGGAAAAGAAUAAAGGUAAUUGGAACAACCCUUCUCGCUUAAUGAAAGAUGAAAUAGACAAGCUGAUGUUUGACCCAAACCAGAGAAGAAACUAUUUUGAUUACAAGAGAGAAAGUUCAAAGUCUGAUAAUGUGGUGUCACCAGCCAAAAAGGACCAAGAAUUCGAUCUCUGUGAAGAUUUAGCUAUUAUCCCAACCAAAAGUGAUAUUGAUAAAAAUGAAAAUGUUCAGAUAAAUGAGAAAGAAUAUGAUUUCUUUGAAGACAGAUUAAUUAAGUCUCGAGCCCCAGCUCAUACUGUACGCAUUAGAAAUCAAGAUAGCUCCACACUCAUUGCUAGAGACUUCUCUCUUUUGUCACCUCCUAUUAAAGAAAAUGGAGCUCAGUGCCAAGAGAGACCCGAAGAUGAAAAAUCAGAAAAGAAACCUAAGAAAACUUGGAAGGACAGAAUGAAGCAAAAGUUCGGUAAAUUCAUGUACAAAGUAAACCAUGCUGGAGGAGUAUUUGGUGAGUACAACAAACUAGACUUUAAAAACUGUCGGAAGAAAGUUAUCAAACUGAUGGGUGGCCACUGCUUCGAGGAUCCUAAAUGCAAGGAAGACCUUGAGGAUAUCUUUAAAAACAUCAUUCUUUUCACUUAUCGCAGAGAUUUCCAAACCCAUCUUGAAAGUAUUAAUAAGAAGACGGGUAAACCACAGAAGUUGAAAUCAGACUUCGGUUGGGGCUGUAUGAUCAGGUGUGGCCAGAUGAUGAUCGCCAAUGCUCUACUGCUCCAUCUCAAAUACCUUAUCUUUCGGGAUCAUAGGAAGAUCCGGGAUAGCCAUAAAUUCUACAAAAUAGUGCAUCGAGGACUCUCCAUCUCAGAUAUAAAGAACAUGGAGGAAUAUGAGAAGAUAGAACAUGAGGUUAUUUCAAAGUUCUUGGACUGUAAUGACAACGAAGGAACUCCAUUUUCCAUCCAUAAUAUCACAGAACAAGGAUUAGAAAGUUUUCAUAAAAUUGCUGGAGACUGGUAUGGGACCAAUUCAAUCUCACAGGUUAUGAAGCAGCUGAAUAUCAAGCAUAAGCCCUAUGAAGACUUCGAAAUCUGCGUCUUUAAUGAUGGAGUCAUCUUUAAAUAAAGACCUUAUCGAGGCAGGAGCAAGAAUUGUUGAAAAUAAAUCCAGUGCAAUCUGAUCCAGUUCGAGCAACGGAGAUGACUAUUUUGAACAAAAAAGAGGGGGAUUUAACCAAUCUGGAGGUAGCAACGAUAUUGAUAAAUCAGAUUUCAAGCCAAAAUCCGCUCAUUCAGGAUGAAGUGCAGAUAAAGAAGAAUCGAAGUCUAUGUCAGAGGAUACUUCCUGGACUGACAACAGCAAUAACACAUUCAUGUUCGGUAAUAAUGCAAGGAAAUGGGACAAAUGCGUUCUAGUUAUAGUAAACGCUAGACUUGGACUGAAAAAGAUUCCUGAAGAAUCAUAUGGAGAAAUCGCUAGACUCUUCGACAUCCCCCAGAUGAUCGGCUUCAUGGGAGGGAAGGGCAAGUUUGGUCUCUACUUCGUUGGAGUCCAGAAGGAUAAUCUCAUCUUGCUAGACCCCCAUUACAGCCAGGAGACAGUUGCUGAUAGAGACAACAUUGAGACUAAUAGGGAUACUUUCAGGUGAAAAUACUUAAGAACUCUGAAAAUUAAAUAAGAUUGAUCCAUGAAUAGGCAUAGGAUUUAUUAUCAGAAGUCAUAAGGAUUUCCUCAGUGUAGUCUCCAAAGUGGAGGAAUUUAACCAAUCACCAAAUGCUAUUUUUGGCAUCCAAGAUGAACGCUUACGGCCUAAAAGUGGAGUACUGGAGUGGUAGAAGUGAAGCAAGUAAUAAUUUAUGUAAUC